AUGCCCGCACGCGACAGGCGGCUGCAGUUCAAGGCCACCUCUUGGGCGCUCUUGGGGAUCUGCAUCGCCGCCGUGCUGGUCAGGCUGAUGCACAAGUUCGCACACGGGAUCUCGGGCUGGCGCCUCGGCCCCGACGGUCAACCGGUGGGUGCUGCGCCGCCCGGGCUGGACGACCUGACGUUCGCGCUCUCGGUGGCCACGUCCAUCGCCUUUUGGGUCAUAUGCAUCUGCGGCAUCGACCCGACCAUCGGCAACCCCAUCGGCACCGACCUCUGGACCCUGUCGCACGACCAGGUCACGCAGUUCAUCGUCAUGAUGCUAAUCCUCGAGAUCCUCUACAUCACAAACAUCUUCCUCCUCAAGACGUCGUUUCUGCUGUUCUACCUGCGCAUAUUCUGCCGCGGCGGCGCCGGCGGGGGCACCGUCCUCGGCGUGGACUUUGGCCGCGUCGUGCAGGCCACCAUGUUCGUCAACGGCGUCGUCUGGAUCGUCACCUUCAUGCUGGUCGUCUUUCGCUGCUGGCCGAUCCAGUACCAGUGGACCGGCUGGGACAGACUGCAGCAGGGCCACUGCAACAUGGAUGCCCACCCGCUCGUGUGGGCGCAUGCCAUCGUCGGGUUGCUGAUCGACAUUUGGAUGAUCUACCUGCCGAUAUCGCAGAUCUGGGGCAUGAAAAUGACCUUGGGCAAGAAACUCGCCGUCUGCAGCAUGUUUGGCGUCGGUGCCUUCGCUACUGUGGUCAGCAUCCUGCGACUGCGUCUGGUCUUCCGGGCCUCGAGCGACAAGCGGAACUCGACCUGGGACGACUUUGAUCUCAUUCUAUGGUCAUCCCUCGAGCUCGGCGCCGGCACCUUUUGUGCGUGCAUGCCUAGCCUUCGUCAUGUCUUUAUGGCCUUUAUCCGCCGCGGCGCGGACAGCCUCUCCGGGAGGACGUCUUGUUCAAGCCGCAUCUCUGAUCGGCGGUCGCAACCGUCGGAGAAAGGGUCGAGAGGACGGGCCGAUACCACAGCAUCAGCCAAGACAUGCUCGGAGACGACCACGGGGUCGGUUUCCCCGUCCGAACUCGAGGAGGGCGUCAUCGACCACGACAGACAAGUCUCUGGCGGUCGUGGUUGGCAAGGCUGCUGCCCUCCAAUGUCUGACCGAAUGGUGGAUGAUCCGAUUUCCACAAGUACGUCAGAGCUCCGUCCGAGUUGA